UGGGAUAAUGAAAAAGUCAAGUGUAAGUGCACGUGAUGAUAAAAUACAUAAACAUACAGCUGUUUGGUCCGCGUACUAGUUUUUUCUUUUAUUUUAUUACAGGCGAGGACUCAGGGAGGGGCGUGGUUUACGUAGUAUUUUUGACCCCUUCCAACGCUUUCGGAAAUGCUUAAACAUAUCAAGCUUUAAUAAAAAGAAAUGCAAAAUAAAAUCUAAAAUGGUACAGUAUAAUAAAUUAAAACCACUAACAUCUUAUUGCRCCAUGUGAGACAUUUUUAUUUAUUAAAUUUUACUUUAAACUAUCGAUCGAAGUCUGUCAUGCAUUACGUAAGUGAAAUGUCCGAGCCUACGUGCGGUACCUGAACGCAGCACUAUUGUUAGCUCUGUGAGGAUGUAGCGCACAGAAACAGCUCCGACCCAACCAGUAGUCUGCCGAUGCUCGUUCCACUGUACUUUGUUUACCCGCAGUCAUUUUAAUUCUUAGAUAUUUUUUUGAAAGCGUUAAAAAUAUAUAAGUAAAAAAUGGAAGCUAAUUUUUGCAACAUCCAGGUGCUUCUUCGGGCAGCUGAGUUUCUGGAGAGGCGAGAGAGAGAGGCAGAGCACGGGUAUGCUUCAGUCCUGCCUUUCAGUCCAGGUAACUCUGACAAGAGGAACAAACAGAAGAGCAAGAAGAUAUCUGCUGGUGGCAAUAGGUCGGUUCACAACGAGCUGGAGAAAAACAGACGAGCUCAGCUGAGACAUUACCUGGAACAGCUGAAGAAGCAGGUUCCUCUGCCGUCAGACUCUGUGAGGAACACCACGCUGAACCUGCUGAGAGAGGCUCAGCUUCACAUAAAGAACCUGCAGGAGCAGGACGAGCGAGCGGAGCGGCUGAAGGAUCGCCUUCGCUGGGAGCAGAGAGAGCUGCGGGUUCGACUGGAGCAGCUGCAGAGGGGCACCGAGAGAAURAGGAACAAUAGCCACGGGUCGACCAUGUCCUCCGAGAGGUCGGACUCCGACAGAGAGGACGUGGAGGUUGAUGUGGAGAGCAUCGUGUUUGACUGUGUGGACUCUGACGGGCUGAGUAUUGCACACACUGACGCAGACCACUCGUACUCCAGCGUGGACAGUGCCUGGCUAUGACUGCGGGUAAAAACAUGAAGCGUCUGCCAUGUGGAGGGGGGGAGGGAAGAGGAGAAAACAUUCCAAAAACAUGAGACAGAUGACAGCGAUGACAGAUGACUAAAACUGAACACUUUUCUUCUUUCUCUUUUUGAGACCUUUUGUCUUGUCAGAAUGAGUCCACGCUAAUACAAGUGUCCAUUUGCACUGAACUGGGAUGGAUGUUAAAUCAUACAUAAGCUUUUUCUCUCAACGUAUAUUUUUUUACUCUCAAAGUGUUUAACAUCCACAGGUGCAGGCAUUCAUCAAGUCAUUAAUUCAUUCCGGGCAAAACAAGAAAACAWGGGCUUUUAUACAAAACUCCUGACACACCUUAUUUGUUCUGAACUCUGCCUUAAACCAGAUUUAAUCCACACAUCUUCUCAUUCAGCACCGUUCUUAUUUCCACAUUGUCACACGUUGCAUGCACAUAAUCUUUGCUAUCUUGUAUUAUCGUCAUGUUAAUGUUCAGUCUCAUAAUUAGCUCUUUUUUUUCUGUCUGUUGCACAUGAUGUCCACUCAUUGCACUUGUGUUGUCUCAAAGAUUUUGGGUAUGCUUAAAGGUAAAACAAUGAAUUGGUCACAACUGGUAUUUAGGUAAUACUGCCAAAAAAUUUGAAAUAGCUACAAAGAGCUGAAAUGUAAUGUGUUUAGGUUGUAAGAGCAUUAAAGCGAUAUUAAAAAUGGUAAUUAUGCACACAACAAAUUCACCAGGUAGGCAAUACUUGUAACGAUUAUGCAAUUGAAGGUAUUUAACCAGGAUGUAUCAUAUUUAAUACCUGAAGGUGCUUUUCCUCUUCGUUUUCUAUAUGCAAGAUGCCUUAUUGUGUUUUAUAUGUCUCUCCGCCCAGUAAUAUUAUGUAGCAUAUUUUGGUUGUAAUGUUUUUUGUUUUGUUUUUGGAACAAAUAAAUAUUUUCUAUAUUUACA